CGUUGACUUGUACGGUGGCCGGCGGAGGACAACAGAGCUGCGCAGCCGAGACAAGUUUUUGUAGUGAAGGGGCAUUAGCUCGUAGCUUAAGGCGUCAGAGAGCGACGCCGCUGCCCGGACAUGGCAGCGGCCUCUGCGGUGUCGGUGCUGCUCGUGGCGGCGGAGAGGCACCGGUGGCAGCGAGUCCCGCGCUUGCUGCUGCCGCCGAGGGGAUGGGCUUGGAAGCAAAGAACAAGGAAGUAUGCAACAACCACAGGACAAAACAUUUCCAAGGUCCUCAUUGCAAACAGAGGAGAAAUUGCCUGCAGGGUGAUACGGACAGCCAAAAAAAUGGGUGUACAGUCUGUGGCUGUUUAUAGUGAGGCCGACAGGAAUUCCAUGCAUGUUGACAUGGCAGAUGAAGCCUAUCUCAUUGGCCCCGCUCCCUCUCAGCAGAGCUACCUUUCUAUGGAAAAAAUCAUUCAAGUGGCCAAGCUCUCUGCCGCACAGGCUAUCCAUCCAGGAUAUGGCUUUCUCUCAGAAAACAUGGAAUUUGCCGAACUGUGUAAGCAAGAAGGAAUUAUUUUUGUAGGUCCUCCUUCAUCAGCAAUUAGAGACAUGGGUAUAAAGAGCACAUCCAAAUCCAUCAUGGCUGCUGCUGGAGUGCCUGUUGUGGAGGGUUAUCACGGGGAGGACCAGUCAGACCAAUGCCUGAAAGAGCACGCUAGGACAAUUGGUUACCCCGUCAUGAUUAAGGCCGUCCGUGGUGGAGGAGGAAAAGGUAUGAGGAUCAUUAGAUCUGAAAAAGAAUUUCAAGAGCAGUUAGAAUCAGCACGGAGAGAAGCUAAGAAGUCUUUCAAUGAUGAUGCCAUGCUGAUUGAGAAGUUUGUGGACACACCAAGGCAUGUAGAAGUGCAGGUGUUUGGUGACCACCAUGGCAAUGCCGUGUACUUGUUUGAAAGAGACUGUAGUGUGCAGAGGAGACAUCAGAAGAUCAUUGAAGAGGCCCCAGGGCCUGGUAUUAAACCUGAAGUAAGAAAAAAGCUCGGAGAAGCUGCAGUCAGAGCUGCUAAAGCUGUAAAUUAUGUUGGUGCAGGAACCGUGGAGUUUAUCAUGGACUCAAAGCACAAUUUCUACUUUAUGGAGAUGAAUACAAGGCUGCAAGUGGAACAUCCUGUCACUGAAAUGAUCACAGGAACUGACUUGGUGGAAUGGCAGCUUAGGAUUGCAGCAGGAGAGAAGAUUCCUUUGAGCCAGGAAGAAAUAACUCUGCGGGGCCAUGCCUUUGAAGCUAGAAUAUAUGCAGAAGAUCCUAACAAUAACUUCAUGCCGGGGGCCGGACCACUAGUGCAUCUCUCCACCCCUCGAGCAGACCUUACCACUAGGAUCGAAACUGGAGUACGGCAAGGAGAUGAAGUUUCAGUGCAUUACGACCCCAUGAUUGCAAAGCUGGUUGUGUGGGCUGCUGAUCGCCAGGCAGCCUUGACGAAACUGAAGUACAGCCUUCGGCAGUACAAUAUUGUUGGACUGCAUACCAACAUUGACUUCCUCAUUAGCCUGUCUGGCCACCCGGAAUUUGAAGCUGGGAAUGUGCACACUGAUUUCAUCCCUCAACACCGCAAAGAACUGUUGCCUGACCGGAAGAACACAGCCAAGGAGUUUUUAUGCCAGGCAGCUCUGGGCCUCAUCCUCAAGGAGAAGGCUGUGUCUGAUGUUUUCAAAAUUCAGACACAAGAUCAAUACUCUCCUUUUGCAUCCAGCAGUGGAAGAAGACUGAAUAUCUGUUACUCUAGAAACAUGACUCUUAGGGAUGGUAAAAACAAUGUAGCCAUAGCUGUAACAUAUAACCGUGAUGGAUCAUAUAGCAUGCAGAUUGAAGAUAAAACUUUCCAUGUCCUUGGUGAUCUUUGCAGUGAGGGAGACUGCACUUAUCUGAAAUCUUCUGUUAAUGGAGUUGCUAGUAAAACUAAGCUAAUUAUCCUGGAAAACACUAUUUACCUAUUUUCCAUGGUAAUGUCUUUGUUUUAUAAUAAUACUAGUCAGAGAUCCUACAUGCCACACAGUGCAGUCAGGGGUAUGAGGGCGAACAACACAUCCUGUCCUUUUCUCACUGCUGUGACUUUUUGUCUAUCUCCCUUUCAGUCUGAAUCUUUGUCACAUUUCUACCUCCCUAUUUCUCCAUUCACCCCAUUUGUUCUCACAGAUUCUCACUGACAGACACAUAUCCAUUUCUUGCUUUAAUUCUCAAAUACCCUAAACACUUCCCCCAACCACUGUCCUCCUGGCACUGGGAAUCAUGGAGACUUGGGAGGAGGUGACCAUUGUGGGAGGAGUCUGUGGACCAGAUGUUCCUUACAGGGGAGGUGGAUGUGGGUUAGUGGUGGUCUCUUGGCAGUUGAAGGAUGGUUGAGGUAGGCUUGGCAUGGAUAUGAUUAGGAGCUUGUUAGGAGACCUUGGCGUUCUGCAUGGGUGAAGAAAGGCAGUGGAUUAUCAAAUUUCCUGUGACCUCUUCAGAGGUUCUCACACUUGAGAACCACCUUCCAGACUGAGUACUUUGUGAUGAGCUGCCUUCAGUAUUCCAGUAAUUAAACUGUAUAUUUGGAGUCAAGGAUGAUCUCAUUUUGCCAGGCAUUGCUUUCCAUAGUCUAUGUGCUAUAACAGUAUAAUGGCAGAGGCAGUAGAGUGGAUUGGUGAAGAGCAUGAGUUCUGGUUAGUGACAUUGUACAGGAGGCAGUGAUCAAGAACAUCCCCAAGAAAAAGAAAUGCAAAAAGGCAA